UACAGAUGAUAAACGUAAAAAUAAUGAAUUAUCAUUAUAUCUGUGUUUUAGAAAUUAUUCAUAGAUGCGGAUUUAAUUUGUAGGUGGCAGAAAGAAAGAAAGAAGGAUAGCAAAAGGCGAAGUAAAUGAAAAGAGCAGAAGUGGCUAAAGUAUAAUUAAUUAAAGCUGGCAACACACACAAAAAAAAAAAAAAAAAAGAUAAAGAAAAAAGAAAGGAAGAAAGGAAAAAAAGAAACCGUCGGUUAGCGACCGGACAAAGCCAAGAAUUGUGGUUUACCGCUCUUUAACUUUCUCUCUCUAAAAAAACUAUUUCUCUCUCUAUCUCUGUAUUUGCUGCGAUUUCCUCGCUCAUCGUGCCUCCUCCGCCCACGAGUCACCCACCACAAUAACAACAAACAAAAAAACAAAGAACGAUAAUUCACUUAUUGAACCAGCAAUUAAAAUCCGAUCUCUCUCAUCAUUAUAAUUACAGUUGUGGGGGUAGUGGUGGUGGUGGUGGUGGUGGUGGUGAGAUUGAGAUCUGAUCUGCCAUAAUUCACCAUUAUUUCGUAUUCAGUGCAUUGAUUCAUUUAUCUAAUCCCGAGACGAUAACUCCCCUCUCCUCAGGCUUUUGUUCUUAUUAUCUGGAUCUAGAACACAGGGAUUUCUAUUUUGGAUUGAAUCGAGGUUUUUUAAUUCAAAGUUUUUGUCUUUUCAUUUAGCAGCAUUGUACUUUUGCUUUUUACAGGCUUUGGACUUUUUCUCAGACCUACAUUUUGAUAAAUAUUUAUACUCUUUGAUCUGAGCCCGAUUCGGAGGUAUUUAGAUUGCUCAAGGAAUGGGUUUUUGAGCUAGAGUGGGUUAUUGCCUUGUUUUGCCUGGGGUGGAAUCUGUUGGUGAUUUGCUCCAGGCUUGGCGAAUUUUUGUUAAUGUUGGAUGCAACGGGGGGGAGUUUUGUGUUAUUUGAUUCACCAGUGUCAUCGAUGGAGGAUUGUUUAUGACUUCUGGCCAGCCAUUGCUUGACUCAUCUGAUCCUUCUUCUGCAUCAUCAUCACAGCCUCACCACCCUUGUAGACUUGGCUCCUUUGGUUGUCUCUGCUCCACUGACUCCUUCAAUUUAUCGAUUGUCCAUGAUACUGAAAGCAAUCCUUGUAGUUUAGAUAUUCUGGAGAACAGCGCUGAAGCUCUCUCUGUUACAGACAGCAGUUCUCAUAGGGCAUCUCCAGCUGGAGAUAAUUUCAUUUCCAUUGCAACAACACAGCAUUUACAAUCUGUUGACUCUCAGUUCCUUGGGUGGCUUUCAUUGGAAUGCCCCACGCAGGAGCAUUUACGGCUUGUAAUGUGGGGUGCAAUGGAACUGCCGCAUAGUGACAAUAAUAAUACGACUUCUGCUAGCUUUGAAAUUUCUAGGGGUCCAGCUUUGGUUAGUGCUAAGGGGGCCUCUCGGGCUUCAUCUUCACUUCAUGAUAAAUUGGGCAAGUCUCAGAGGAGAAGCCGCCAUAAAAGCGUGCAGUUUGAUGAUCAUAUCCUGUGUGAAGAAGAUGCCCGGUUUAUUUACAUCAAUGAUCCUAGGAAAACCAAUGACAAGUACGAGUUCACAGGAAAUGAGAUUCGAACAAGCAAGUAUACAUUGAUUACCUUCUUGCCUAAAAAUCUUUUUAUUCAGUUCCAUCGGGUGGCUUAUUUGUAUUUUUUGGCUAUUGCUGCUCUCAAUCAGCUUCCACCACUUGCAGUAUUUGGGAGAACUGUAUCCCUUUUUCCUCUCUUGUUUGUGCUCUGUGUAACAGCUAUUAAGGAUGGAUAUGAGGAUUGGAGAAGGCACAGAUCAGACCGCAAUGAGAACAACAGAGAGGCUCUAGUGCUACAGUCUGGUCAAUUUUUACCAAAAAAAUGGAAAAAGAUACGAGCUGGUGAAGUGGUGAAGAUCUCUGCCGAUGAGACAAUUCCUUGUGACAUGGUUUUACUAGGGACUAGUGAUCCUAGUGGUGUUGCUUACAUUCAAACAAUGAAUUUGGAUGGUGAGUCAAAUUUGAAGACACGGUAUGCUAGACAGGAAACAUCUUUGGCAGUAUCUGAAGGGUGUACCAUUUCAGGGUUGAUCAGAUGUGAACAACCUAAUAGGAAUAUUUAUGAGUUCACUGCUAAUAUGGAAUUCAACGGGCACAAGUUUUCUCUCAGCCAAUCAAACAUUGUUUUGCGGGGUUGUCAGCUAAAGAACACAGAUUGGAUAAUUGGUGUUGUGGUGUAUGCUGGACAGGAAACAAAAGCUAUGUUGAAUAGUGCAGCAUCUCCUUCCAAGAGAAGCAAAUUGGAAAGUUACAUGAACCGGGAAACAUUGUGGCUCUCUAUUUUUCUUCUCAUCAUGUGUCUGGUUGUGGCACUUGGAAUGGGCCUUUGGCUUGUACGUUACAAGGACCAGCUUGAUACUUUGCCUUAUUACAGAAAGGUAUAUUAUACACAUGGCAAGGAUUAUUUGAAAAGAUACAAAUAUUAUGGGAUACCCAUGGAGAUUUUCUUCUCCUUUUUGAGUUCUAUUAUAGUGUUUCAGAUUAUGAUUCCAAUAUCUCUUUAUAUUACAAUGGAGUUGGUUCGUUUAGGACAGUCCUAUUUCAUGAUUGGAGACGGGCAUAUGUAUUGCACUAGUUCUGGCUCAAGGUUUCAGUGCAGAUCUUUAAAUAUAAAUGAGGAUUUGGGUCAGAUACGGUACAUUUUUUCAGACAAAACAGGGACACUUACUGAGAACAAAAUGGAAUUCCAGAUGGCAAGUGUAUAUGGGAAGGAUUAUGGAGGGUCCUUGGUUAUGGCUGAUCAGUUGCAGGCAGAUAACAGUUCAGCUGCAGCUGCAGCUGCAGCUGGUCAGAGUAGAUGGAAAGUUGCAUCUACAAUUCCUGUCGAUGCCAAACUCAUGAAAUUGUUGCACAAGGACUUAGCUGGAGAAGAGAGGAUUGCUGCACAUGAAUUUUUCCUCACAUUGGCUGCAUGUAAUACUGUCAUCCCCAUUUGUACUUGGGAUAGAUCUUUUGGUUGCAUAGAGAGUCAAUGUUGCGAGGAUGUAGAAAAUAUUGAGUAUCAGGGUGAGUCUCCUGAUGAACAAGCACUUGUCGCUGCAGCCUCUGCUUACGGAUAUACUCUCUUUGAACGUACAUCUGGGCACAUAGUAAUUGAUGUCAAUGGUGAGAAAUUAAGGCUUGAUGUACUUGGUAUGCAUGAAUUCGAUAGUGUGCGGAAAAGAAUGUCUGUUGUUAUUCGUUUUCCCAACAAUGCUGUGAAGGUGUUGGUGAAAGGUGCUGAUACUUCAAUGUUCAGUAUUUUAGCGAAAGAAAAUGGAAGGGAUGAUCAUGUAAGGUGUGCAACACAGUCUCAUUUGACUGAAUAUUCAUCACAAGGUCUGCGUACACUUGUGGUUGCUGCAAGAGAUCUUACAGAAGAAGAACUUGAGCUGUGGCAAUGUAGGUUUGAUGAUGCAAGCACUUCUUUGACUGACAGAGUCACAAAACUACGUCAAACAGCAGCUCUUAUAGAAUGUGAUUUAAAUCUACUUGGGGCCACUGGUAUUGAAGACAAGUUACAAGAUGGCGUGCCAGAAGCCAUUGAGUCCCUCCGUCAAGCUGGGAUCAAGGUAUGGGUUCUCACCGGAGAUAAGCAAGAGACAGCAAUAUCAAUUGGCCUUUCUUGCAAACUCCUCACGAUGGAUAUGGUGCAAAUAAUUAUAAAUGGCAAUUCAGAGAAUGAAUGCCGGAGACUUUUGGCUGAUGCCAAGGCCAAAUAUGGUGUGAAAUCAUCACAUAGAGGAAACCUUGCUCUAAAAUGCCAUAAGAAUGCUGACACUGAGUACCUUGAGAUAUCUGAAGGGAAGACUGAAGGAACAUUGAGUGGGCCAUUAGCACUUAUAAUUGAUGGGAAUAGUUUGGUGUACAUUUUGGAGAAAGAAUUGGAAUCAGAACUUUUCGAUCUUGCAAUUUCCUGUAGAGUCGUGUUAUGUUGUCGUGUUGCGCCAUUGCAGAAGGCAGGAAUCGUCGAUCUAAUCAAGAGCCGUACUGAUGAUAUGACUCUGGCUAUAGGUGAUGGGGCCAAUGAUGUUUCAAUGAUCCAAAUGGCGGAUGUUGGUGUUGGAAUAUGUGGUCAAGAAGGGCGUCAAGCAGUGAUGGCAUCUGAUUUUGCUAUGGGGCAGUUUCGGUUUCUGAAAAGAUUGCUUUUAGUUCAUGGACACUGGAAUUAUCAGCGCAUUGGUUAUUUGGUCCUGUACAACUUCUACCGCAAUGCUGUUUUUGUAUUAAUGCUAUUUUGGUAUAUAUUGUGCACAGCUUUUUCAACGACUUCAGCAUUGACAGAUUGGAGUAGUGUUUUUUAUUCUGUUAUAUACACUUCUGUCCCCACCAUUGUUGUUGGUAUUCUGGAUAAGGAUUUAAGCCAUCGGACAUUAUUGGAUUAUCCAAAACUUUAUGGUGCGGGGCAUAGACAGGAGGCUUACAAUAUGCACCUUUUCUGGAUCACAAUGGCCGACACACUAUGGCAGAGUCUUGCCCUCUUUGCUAUACCCUUGGUCACUUAUAAGGAGAGCACAAUUGAUAUAUGGAGCAUGGGCAGCUUGUGGACGAUAGCUGUUGUUAUCCUUGUCAAUAUACACUUGGCAAUGGAUGUCCAACGUUGGGUAUAUAUUACUCAUAUUGCUGUUUGGGGAUCAGUGAUCAUUACAUUUGCCUGUGUAGUUGUAUUGGAUUCUAUACCUGUCUUCCCCAAUUAUGGGACAAUUUAUCAUCAGGCAAAGUCACCGACCUAUUGGCUUACCAUUUUGCUCAUAAUAGUUGUUGCCUUGCUCCCUCGUUUUCUUUUUAAAGUUGUACAUCAAAUUUUUUGGCCUUCAGAUAUCCAGAUAGCCAGAGAAGCUGAGAUUUUAAGAGGUCCUGAUCAUUUGAGGUCAAGACCUGAUUCACGUUCCAGUUGACUUGUAUAUUACUUGUAGACACACACAUACAUGCGUAGAGAUAGCUUCCCUCAAGUUACCCAUCAUUUGGCUUCCUGUGGCAUACUGUUGUGAUGCUCGGCUGUAAGCUAAGCAAGCAAGAUUUAUGCCACAAAUGAUCAGAAAUUUGACAGCAGAGCAGCAUAAUCAUGUACAGGAUGAAAAGGUGAUGAGGGAUGGGAUGGGAUGGUCUACACCAAACAGAAUGGCUGGUCACCCGUGAUGCAGAAUGACAUUUGCAUGAUUCGGGCAGUUGAAGAAAUGGUGUAAAAGAUUCGGAAUACUGCUCUAUGAUAUACUUGAGCAAUUUGGUUGAAAUUUAUUAUAGUGCCAGUUCCGGCGAAGAGAAAAGAUAGCCGGUGUUCAGAAUUUAAACAUGAUGUCAAGGUCCUGAAGUGGCUUAAAGAACAAAAGUGAGAGUAAAUGAAGUAAAUAAUAAUUUUGUGCAAAGAUCAGGUUUGACAAUUUCUUUUUCUCUCGCAUAUUUGAAAAAUAGAACGGGGCAAAACAACUGUUGAGAAUUCGGCUCGAGUUGUCCUUGCCACCCUGUUUCCUUCAUGACGUUACAUAGUUGGGGUCUCUAUUCCUUGACCUAGAGGGCUCUAACAAAAGGUAUCAUCUACCACUGAGCACUGAAACCCUAAGGGCGGAGCAAAUAUGAGUUGCCCUCUUUUUCUUUUCCUUUUAGCUCAAUCUAUAUUUUGCGCGGCUCUUGGUGGGUAAACAUUAUGCUGCAUUUUCGUAUCUGUACAGUUAAAUUCUCCGUGCAUUUAUUCUUUUUUCGGGAAGCUUUAAAUCUUGAGGUAAUUGCUCAUAUUAGCAGAGAUUACCCUUAGGAGUCGAUAUCAAAUUAGAAGGGUAGGAAAAAGGAAUGAGAGGCAGAAGAAGAGGGUAAGUUGUGCACAUUGUAUUAGGUAUAAUAGUGGAUGCACUGGAUGUGAUGUGAUUAUGAGAAUUGAUAUGAAAAUACCAAUAUGAGGCCUCUAUUCGUUUGAUAAGAAA